CUGCGCAGGCGCCGUUUGGCGGACGGGUCGCGCCGAGGGACAGGCUGCGCCGACGCGCUCCGCUUCCUGCGAGGGAAAGUCCAGGCUUGAGACAAAAGGGGGGGAGGCGAGUAGGGAACAUCCGGGUCAUUCGCCGCCGCCGCCGUCGCCUGAAUCCGGGACACGCGCGGGAGCUGCUGCUGCGGCCGCUAUACGAAGGACCUUGAAUAUGUCGGGGAUUGCGCUCAGCCGACUUGCGCAGGAGCGGAAAGCCUGGAGGAAGGACCACCCGUUUGGUUUUGUAGCAGUACCAACAAAAAAUCCAGAUGGUACGAUGAAUCUCAUGAAUUGGGAAUGUGCUAUUCCAGGAAAGAAAGGGACACCAUGGGAAGGAGGCUUAUUUAAAUUACGGAUGCUUUUCAAGGAUGAUUAUCCCUCCUCACCCCCAAAAUGCAAAUUUGAGCCACCCUUAUUUCAUCCAAAUGUGUACCCUUCAGGCACUGUGUGUCUGUCCAUCCUAGAAGAGGAUAAGGAUUGGAGGCCUGCAAUCACAAUUAAACAGAUUUUGUUAGGAAUCCAAGAACUCCUAAAUGAACCAAAUAUUCAGGACCCAGCUCAAGCAGAGGCUUACACAAUUUACUGCCAAAACAGAGUGGAAUAUGAAAAGAGGGUUCGAGCACAAGCCAAGAAGUUUGCACCAUCAUAAGCUCCUGUCAUCCAGCAUCUUAAAGGAAGGGAUUAAUUGGCAAGAACUUGUUUACAAAACUUUUGCAAAUCUAUUGUCACUAUGUACAAUUAAUAGUCACUUAGGGGAGGGGAUUGUAUGUGUGCCAUUUUCCAUAUUCGCCACUUGUAUACAGUUCUAAAUUUGCUGAAUUGCCCCCCGUUUUUUCAUACAGGGUCUCUUCCUUCAGUCUUUUGUAUUUUUGAUUGUUAUGUAAAACUUGCUUUUAUUUUAAUAUUGAUGUCAGUAUUUCAACUGCUGUAAAACUAUAAACUUUUAUACUUCUAUAAAUUCACUAGUAUCUCUAGUUUCUUUGCUUUCUGAUGCAGGCAUGCUUUAAACUGUUUAGAAGUAUAUUUUGCCUCUACUUGGCUGUAAGAAGAAAAAAAACAUGCCCUCCACCCCCUUUUUUGAUUUCUACCAAUAAUAAAUUAGGUUGUUGUUGCUUAAAAGCCUCCAGAUCCAAAGUCAGCCAGCAUCUUGAUUCUGCAUCACUUCCUUUGUGUUUAUGGCGUUUUGUCUGUGUUGCUGUUUAGAGUAAAUAAACUUGUUUCUAUAAAG